AUGGUAGCGAAUGAAGGUCAACCACAAUGGUCAGGGGUUGACAAAGAAUUUCUUGCCGCCCCUGUAAAAUCAGCUGUGGACAAGUACCAAUUACUUCCGGAGUUUCUAAAAGUUAGAGGUUUGGUGAAGCAGCAUCUGGAUUCCUUCAAUUAUUUUGUUACCACUGGUAUAAAAAAGAUUGUGGCUGCUAAUAAUGAGAUCAGAUCAAAAGAGGAUCCAAGCAUUUACCUGAGAUACACAGAUGUUCGUGUUGGGAAGCCCUCUAUACUGGUUGAUUGUGUGACUGAGGUGCUCAAUCCUCAUAGGUGUCGGAUCUCUGAUCUUACUUAUGCUGCUAAUAUCUUAGUGAAUGUUGAAUACACUACCCAAAUUGGUAAGCAUGUUGAAGUAAAGCACAAGAGAGAUGUUGUUAUUGGGAGGAUGCCCGUCAUGUUAAGAAGUUGCUGUUGCAAUUUGUAUGGAAAAGACGAGGAGGAGUUGGCAUGGCUUGGUGAGUGUCCACUUGACCCUGGAGGUUAUUUUGUCAUCAAAGGAACAGAGAAGGUGAUUUUGAUACGAGAGCAGCUCGCGCAUAACAGGAUAAUCAUUGAUGAUAAGAAGGGUUGUGUGCAGGCAUCUGUGACUAGCAGUACGGCAAAAAUGAAAAGCAAAACUGUCAUUAAAAUGGAGAAGGAGAAAAUAUAUCUACACCUGAAUCAAUUUAAGACCAAGAUUCCCAUUAUGGUGGUUCUGAAGGCUAUGGGAAUGGAGAGUGAUCAGGAGGUUGUUCAGAUGUUUACCCGGGUUGAUGAACAAAGGGCUUUCAGCAUUCUUCGGGACAUAUUUAUUGCUCACAUCCCCGUGCAUAAUAAUAAUUUCCGCACAAAAUGCAUAUAUGUUGCUGUAAUGCUUAGACGAAUGAUGGAGGCAAUUCUGAAUAAGGAUGCGAUGGAUGACAAGGAUUAUGUGGGGAACAAACGACUAGAGCUAUCUGGCCAGCUUUUAUCUUUACUUUUUGAGGAUUUAUUUAAGACAAUGAAUGAUGAAGCGAGAAAGACAAUAGAUAAAAACCGGAGCCUUGACAUUUCUAAUUGUAUAGUGCAGAAGAGUAUUACUGCUGGUCUGGAGACCGCGCUUUCCACUGGCAACUGGAAUAUCCAGCGAUUUAGGAUGCACCGUAAAGGAAUGACCCAGGUUGUGUGUAGGCUUUCCUACAUUGGGACUUUGGGUUACAUGACAAAGAUAUCUCCACAAUUUGAGAAGUCUCAGAAAGUUAGCGGACCAAGAGCCUUGCAACCAAGCCAGUGGGGAAUGCUUUGCCCUUGUGACACUCCAGAAGGUGAGGCUUGUGGGUUGGUGAAAAAUUUGGCCUUGACGACUCAUGUUACGACUGACGAGGAAGAAGGUCCAAUUAUGUCCCUGUGCUACUGUUUGGGAGUUGAAAACUUGGAACUGCUUUCAGGAGAAGCACUUCACUUGCCUAACUCAUAUUUGAUCAUGAUGAAUGGGAUCAUUCUUGGAACACACAGGAAGCCGCAGCGUUUUGCAGCUGCAAUGAGAAAAUUGCGGAGGACUGGUAAGAUUGGCGAAUUUGUAAGCAUUUUUGUCAAUGAGAAACAACAUUGUGUUUACAUUGCAUCAGACGGAGGUCGUGUUUGCCGUCCCCUUGUUAUUGCUGAUAAAGGUGUAUCUAGAAUCAAGGAACACCAUAUGACAGAGUUGAAGGAUGGUGUUCGCUCCUUUGACAGCUUUCUUACAGAGGGCUUAAUAGAAUACCUUGAUGUUAAUGAGGAGAAUAAUGCCUUGAUCGCUUUGUAUGAAGGAGACACCUUGGAAGAAACGACACAUAUUGAAAUAGAGCCUUUUACCAUCUUAGGGGUUUGUGCCGGGCUGAUUCCUUAUCCACAUCAUAACCAAUCCCCAAGAAACACUUAUCAAUGUGCCAUGGGAAAGCAAGCCAUGGGCAACAUCGCCUAUAACCAGUUAACUCGGAUGGAUACAUUGAUGUACCUUUUGGUAUAUCCCCAGAAACCACUGUUAACAACCAGAACUAUAGAGUUGGUUGGAUAUGAUAAACUCGGUGCCGGGCAGAAUGCCACUGUAGCGGUCAUGAGUUAUAGUGGAUAUGACAUAGAGGAUGCUAUAGUCAUGAACAAAUCAUCUCUUGAUCGCGGAUUUGGGCGUUGUAUUGCCAGGAAAAGGAUGGCUGCCAUGCUUCAGAAAUAUGAGAAUGGUCGCCAUGCAUCUGGUGAGAAAUUUGGACUUCAACACCAAGAACAUAAAGCAGAUAGGAUACAGACUUUGGAUGAUUAUGGAAUAGUUGCUCCUGGAGAAAUACUUAGACCCCAUGAUACCUGGAUUAAUAAUCAGAAUGAUAGUGUAUACAAGCCGUGCAGGCAGACUUACAAAGGCGAGGGAGGGGAGGCGGCAGUUAUAGAUAGAGUUGCUCUUUAUCCUGAUCCUAAAAACAGCAGCAGUUUGUGUGUUAAAUUGAUGCUUCGUCAAACUCGGAGACCAGAGGUUGGAGACAAGUUCAGUAGUAGGCAUGGGCAAAAGGGUGUUAUUGGGACCAUUAUUGAACAGGAAGAUUUCCCAUUUUCAGAACAAGGUAUAUGUCCUGAUCUCAUCAUGAAUCCUCAUGGAUUUCCAAGUCGUAUGACGGUUGGGAAGAUGUUAGAGCUUCUUGGUAGUAAAGCUGGAGUUUCCAUUGGCAAGUUUCAUUAUGGAAGUGCAUUUGGAGAACCAAGUGGUCACGCAGACAAAGUUGAAACUAUAAGUGAAACACUACUGAAUCGUGGCUUCAGUUACAAUGGCAAAGACUUUAUCUAUUCAGGCAUAACUGGUUUACCACUGCAAGCAUACAUUUUCAUGGGUCCAAUUUAUUACCAGAAACUGAAGCACAAGGUGUUGGAUAAAAUGCACGCACGAGGUGUUGGUCCUCGUCAAAUGCUUACAAGGCAGCCAACAGAAGGGAGGAGUAAAAAUGGAGGGCUUCGAAUAGGAGAAAUGGAACGGGAUUGUAUGAUUGCUUAUGGUGCUAGUAUGUUGUUACAUGAGAGAAUGAUGAUUUCCAGCGAUCCUUUCGAGGCUCAUGUGUGUCGAGAAUGCGGUCUGCUCGGAUACUACAACAAAAAGCUGAAGAUUGCUGUUUGUUCAACAUGUAAGAAUGGAAAUAAUAUGUCAACUAUGAACCUGCCAUAUUCUUGCAAGCUCUUAAUCCAGGAACUGCAGUCAAUGAACAUUGUACCUCGGUUAAAACUCGCAGAGGCUUAG